AUGUACGGGCCUUGGAGCCCGGCUCCUUCCUGGAGUCCACAAGGAGUUCUUUGCCAUCCUUCAUGUGGAUAUCCCGUUUCAGGCAAUUCUGCUGCAAUUGACUGGGCCUGGAUUCCCUUUGGCUGUGGCGAGCCAUGUCAAACAACCGUACUUGCUCCAGGUACAGGGCUUGCAGAUGGACAGGCAGCCCUGACUGCGCCGAAUGUCUACCAGCCAUAUCCUCAAGGCUGCUCUCUCCCGCUGGUGUGUCCUGCUGGUGUUGGGAUUGCAGACGCGCAAGCAAUGGUUGCGCCGAGUUGUUUUCCUGCAUAUUGCAAUUCUCCUGCCAUGUAUCCUGCUGAUACAGCGAUUGCAGACGUACAAGCUACGCAGAGUUGGAUGUCGCCAUGCGCACAGGGCCUUCCUUCUCAGAUGCAUAAUAUGUGUCCUAGUAGCAUUGAGAUGGCGGAUGGGGCAGCCCCGGCUACACAGAGCUAUGUUCACCAGCCAUGCCCUGCGGGCAUUCUGCAACCCAGGUCUUCAAGUCCACUGGACAAUCGUGUGGCGCUCUUGGAGCAGGAGUUGCACACAGUGACGAAGGCACAGGCUGAAGAGAAGAACAAGAUGCAGUUUGUGGUGGAUGGAUUGCGAGGCCUCUUGCUUCGGUACAACGUCCCCGUAGAGGAGCUUGACAGGGUGGACCGCUUGAUCUCUUCGGUGGAAGGAGAACCUAAGUGUGAUACAGACAUCAUGUCAGAGACCACAGCAGCAACCAUCAACCGCGGCAAUGGUGCAACACCCCCAGUGACGCCUUCCGAGGAUAAUGGAGCAAGCAUGCCCCACAAUAGUGGCAGUUUUGCUCCGGCGUUCUCCUGGAACAUGGGCGUGGAGGUACGACGACUCGAAAACAUGACAUGCUCCUCGGUAGAUCGCUGGGCGUGGGCAUGCCUUCGCCGUGCUCGUCCGCAAGUCGCCCGCAGUGCCAUCCGGCGAGCUCGUGAGACCAUUGAAAGCCAAGGCGGGUACUGCCGCAACUUAUCCGCCUUGAUUCAGGCCUCUGUCAAACGAUGCUACUGA